AACCUCACUCCUCACUGAACCCUUCCUCAGCCUCAGCCGUGUUGGUGUUGUGUAUUGAUUUGACAACUAUUACGACGCUAUUACAUACAGAAUUUUGUGAAAGGUAACUCCUACGUUGUACUUUUCCAGUUUUUGAAAUAUCUUCGAGAAAAAUUAGUUUAAGGGAACAGCCAGUGUCGGAGUCUUCAAUCUGAUCUACAGUCAUUGGUUCCAUUCAGGUGAAAAUCUCACGACGCUGCUCGAAACAUCAUCCAACUCGAAGUGAAAAUUGAUAUUCAACCUUCUCAUUCUCUUUGGCAGUUCAGCUCACCUACUGUCUGGAAAGUUUUCUCUUCUUGAAGUCUCUUUGAGAAAAAUAUGGAUAAGAAAGGCAAGUCGAAGAACUCUAAGCAGUCAAACAGUGGCCCAAAAGAAAAAAACAAUGCGAGUAAAGGCAAGAAGAAUUCCAAAAAACAGAAAACCAACAAAAAGAAUGAUGAAGCUGUAGGUGAUGGAGCAAGUGUAGCAGACUUGUCUGACAAUGCAGAAAGUCGAAAUUUGGCUUAUGUUAUUACCCAUGUUGACCAUAGGACUUUUGGUGAAUUCCUGUCACAACCAACACCGAUAAUAUUCAAAAUAUUAUCUUAUCUACCUCAUGGAGAUUUACAAAACUGUGCCAGAGUAUGCAGAAACUGGCAAUCUUUGGUUCCAACUAUUCUGGAAAAAAGAUUCUCCUAUGAGUGGUUUUAUGCUGGUAGCAGUGCCACAGACUUAAAGUGCCUACCAGAACGGUUUGCCAAAUUUUCACAAGAAAUCAAAAUUGCCCCUCAACUUAUUCUAGGAUUUGAGCCAACAGAAGCUAAAUUCCCCACCUGCAGUACAUGCUUGGCCUUAAAUCGCCCUGAUGCAGAGAAACAGAAGGGUCAGAAACAAGAAAGAUGUAGAUGCAUUAAAAAUGAUUUUGAAAAAAUUUAUCAGAGUGCUUUUCCCAAAACACCUGCAGGCAGUUUUAGGAUCACUUCAUAUGGUGUAAUAUCUUCAUAUCUGGGCCAAUUUCACACGCUUUAUACGACUGAAGACAAUGACUUCAACCAAACAACUCUUUUAUUUCCGAACUGUGAAGGACUAGAAAUUUCCUCCCAUCUUUUUCGACAGGUUGAACUUAACAAUCUAACAAAACAUGCGCUCACGAAAAUCCUCACAGGGCAUGACCAUGCAGUCAAAGCUGUGCUAAUUUAUGUUACGGAUUCAUCACUAUCUAACUAUUCACUGAUGAACAAUGGUUAUUCGCUAGCUAAACACACAGCCUCAAUUCUUCGACAAAAGCAAAAGACUCCAGCUGUAUCUAUGGGAGGAGGAGUUGUGAAAAAGAUCAGAGACACAAUGAAGCCCAAUGUCUCUUAUCAAGCCGCCAUGUUCAUCUUCCGCGGCGCAAAAGUGUCUGCCUACUCUACUGUUAUUAAAGAAAAAGAGGCAUCAGAGAUUGCUACCACUAUAAAAAAUGUAAGUGAGAAAAUUAAAUCCAUGCCAGGAAGGAAAUUGUGUUUCAUGACGGAGUGCAUUGAUCGGCAAAGUCUGUAUGUUUCUGAUAAUAUGGAUUUAGUUUGCAACCUGGAGAGCAGAACUCUCAAUCGGUUCUUGCCGGGGAUCCCCAUUUUCGGCUUCUGGAGUGCUGGUGAAAUUGGAUUCACAACACAUGAUGAGACCUUGGAAAAUGAAGAGGGAAGAGUAAAGGUGGCACACACCUUUGCCACUUCAUUUUUGUUUUUGAUCCUCGAAGACUGAACAAAUCCUCUAUUUUCUUUUCUUGAUGUUAAUUGCAACAUCAAAUCAUGAACUAAUUGUAAGUGCAUCCCAGUUCCUUCUCUAAUUUUUUUACUUGCAAAAUUGUAUCAGUGUGAUAGUACAAAAAGAAUAAAAUGGCAUUUUUAUUGAUUUUCAUUCCAAUUUCACUAACUUGACUCAACUCCGAACCUAAAUCUCAUUUCAUGCAAUGGUAUUUGUUCAAUUUGCAAAAAGAAAUUCCAUGUAUCCUGAGCCAAUAAUGCCUUGAUCUUCAGUCAAACCUUUGUAAAAUAACUAUUUAAGCUUAACUCUUAGCAGGCUGUGUUAAAGGGUCACACAGAUAAAGAUACUUUUAGGGAUCUCAGUGAAAUUGGAAAAAAAUCCGUACAGUUAUAAAUAAAAAUCUCAUCUCAAUUUCAAUGUAUAUAUUUCCUCCAAUUAUCUUAUUUUUACUGUCAUUUGUUAAUAAACUUUUUGAAAAAAAAAAAAAAA